GACUCCCGGCGAGAUUCUCCCCCAAAACCGGCGACCCCCUCGUCUCGGACUCCACCACUCUUCUCCACCGUGUAAGCUGCAAACCACGCCUCGAGAUCUCACGCUCCCCCUUCCCGCCAAAGCUUCCAUGGAUAUGCAAGAGACCAAGGGGCCCAAGGACCCCGCCGCCAAGCUUCCGUCCCGCUCCCCCUUCGCCGCGCCAGCCCCUCCCCCUUACCACCAUCACCAUUACGGCACUUUCUCCCCACCGCCGCCGCCGCAGCAGCAGCCCGUCGGAGCAGCCUCGAGCCUCCCUUUCCCGGCCGGGUGCGCAGCUCAGGGCGUUGUUGCCUUCCCGUGCACUGUGCAGCAGCAGGUCCUCGUGGAGCGCCUGCCCUUCCGGGAACCUCCUCUCCCAUUUUGCGGCGCCGGCGUCGGCUGGACUUUGUUCUUACUAGGAUUUUUCUUGGCUGCAAUGCCCUGGUAUGCUGGUGCUUUUAUUCUAUUCUUUAUUGCUUUGGACCACAGGGAGAAGCCUGGAUUGAUUGCAUGCACUAUUGCUUUAUAUGUUUACUUUGCAGGGUAUUGUUGCAAUAGUUCCUUUCAUCCUCAAUGGCAUAAGAAUGCAUCCCUUCUGGUGAUACAGGAAGCCAUCCAUCUGAAUACAAUGUACCUAUUAUUUCAGAAACUACAUUCCUUGUCUAAAGGUUUAAUAUAUUGAUCACCAGUGUGAAGAAGAAAAUAAAAUACAUGAGCUUACCUGUUAGUAAAAAAUAUCUCCAGGCUCUUUCUUCGUGUAUAGACGCCCCCAUGACCUAGGUAAUCCGUGCAGCGUUUGUAAUGUGACCACAUGGUUGUCAAAGGGACAAGGUACAAUGAAAUGACAAGUUGGAACAGAAACAGUUAACUGGAAUUCCGCUGAUAAUCUUGGAUUCACUUAAAUGUUUGUAUAUAUUUGCCCAUUGAACAUUUUAGACAUAUAUGAAUUACAGUGUUGUUGAUUUACGAAGGAAAAAAAGUAUGCUGGUAUUACUA